AUGAAAUUCAAUUUUAUAUUAAUUGAACUAAUAUUAAUAUUUCUUAUUAAAAUUCUAAAAAACUACGAAACAUCAUACUUUUUAGUUAAAUGUAAUAAAGAUUAUUUGAAAAGAUCUUUUAAUGUAAAAAGAAACAUUAAAAUAUUAAACUUUUUAAAUUUAUAUAAUUCUAGAAAACUUUUUAAAUUAUACAUGACUAAAAAAUUUAAGUACAAAUAUAAAAACACUUUAGAAAAAAGGAAAAGAAAAGGCCAUAUUAGGAAUCAAAUAAAUCAAAAAUUAAAAAAAAAACAUAGUGCAUAUAUUGUAAUAACUGAAAAAUUAUGUAAAUUGGAUCCUGAUCAAAAAUAUUUUAAAUAUGAUAAAAAUAUUUUAAAGGAAUUUGAAAAUAUAAAAGAUAUCUACAAAAAUAAAAAAUUAGGUAGAAAAUUUAAUCAGUACAAUUAUUGGUAUUCGUCAAAUAAGAAGGAAGCUAAAGUUAAUUAUAGUAGACAUGUGAAUUUUGCUAUAACUAAAAAUAAUUUCAACUUUAAAAAUGUAUUUUCUUACUUUCAUAUAUUAGAAAUUGUUCAUGAAAAAUUCAAAAAUAAUCCUUUUUAUAUUAAUGGAUUACAAUCAUUUAUAAAUAAAUAUUAUGAUCCUGUUACACAAAAGAGAAUUAAAUUUUACGAUAAGUUUAAAGAACAAUUAGAAAUUAAAAAAAAAAAUGGUGAUAUAAAUAAAAAGAAAGAAACUCAAGAAAAUAGCUAUGAAAUAGACAAGAAAAAUGAAACUAAAAAAGAUUUAGGUAAAAUAAAUACAACAAAUGUAACCCAAAAGAUAGAUGAUGAAAUUAAUAAAAAAAAUGAUGAUACCCUAGAUAUUUUAGGUGAAACUGAAAAAAACGAAAAUGAUCAAGUAAAUGGAACAAAUCAGUCUCAAAAUGAUGAUGAAAAACUUAAAAAGGAAGAAGUAAUAGAUUCAAAGAAAUUUUUUGAGAUGAUUAAGAAAAACUUAGAUGAACUCACAUAUUCUAAUGAAGUAAGUGAUGAUUCAUCAUUUAAACUUUUUGGUUCUUCCUCAAGUUGUAUUUUGAAGAAAAACGCACCAUUAGCUUAUGAUAUUAAAAAUCCUUUUAUGAAAUCAAAAUUAUCAUCAAAAAGAAGAAGAUUUAAAGAAAGAAAGCUUUUUGAUAUAAUUAAUUUUAAAUGUAAAAACAGAAAAGAACGUUUAAUGCUAAAUGCCGUAAGAAAAUUGGCAAAAAGAAAAUUACAAAAUGAAAAAUAUGUAUUAGAUUCAUUGGAAGUUACAUAA